GAAAGUUUGUGAUUUCAAGAUGGAAAAGAAUAUAGAAGAUGUUUAUAUGCUUGAAGAUGAAAAUAGAGAUCCAGCGUUUGUGUUGUCUGAGGAGCAAUUCGAUCUUCCUGAUCUCAGCGUAAAUUUCCCAACAGAUUAUAAUGAUGAAGAUGAUUCCUUGAGUUGGGAUUUUGAAAGUUAUCAAGAUAUAAAUUAUAUGGAAAUUGUUGUCGAUCUUGCUGAGGAUUAUUUAUGUUAUAGCGAUACAAAUUUACAAAAUGUUGAUAAGAAAGAUGCUUACUGUUGUUGCCAUGAGUAUGAAAAUCAUCAUGUGUCGCGUGCUCAGAAAGUUGAGCUGCAAGCUAUCAACGAUUGUCACAACAGAAAUUCAAAGUAUUUGUGUGAGGAGCAACUUGAUCCUCCCGAUCUCAGAUCAACAAAUUACGAUGAUCGAAAUGAUGAUUUCUCGAGUUGGGAUUUGGAAAGUUACCGAGAAACAAAUUAUAUGGAAAUUGUUCUCGGUCUUUCUGGGGAAUAUUUCGGCUAUAGCAAUUCCAAUUCGCAACAAGAUCAUAAAGAAAAUAUUCACUUUCGUUGCGAUGAGUACGAAAAUCAUCGUGUAUCGAGUGCUCAAAAAGUUGAGUUCCAAGCUGUGAACGAUUGUCUCAACAGAAAUUAUGAGUUAAUGUGUGAGGAACAAAUUCAUCCUCCUCCUCUUAGUAUGAAAUUACAAAAUUAUAAUGAUCGAGAUGAUUUCUUGAGUUGGGACAUGGAAGGAUUCAAAGAAACGGAUUAUUCGGAUAUUGUUCUCGAUCUUACUUGUUAGUGAGGAUUGUUUCAACGAUAACAAUGUUACUCGCAACAGAUUUUACAAAAUAAUGUUAACGUUUGUUCUGAUGAAUGCGAAAAUAAUCCUGUAUCUUGUGAUAAGACAGUUGAGCAGGAAGUUAUUACAGAGGAUUCUAAUAGGAAAAUAUAAAGACAUGACAU